AUGGCCCGCCAAGUUAUCGUUGUUGCUCUUAUUUUCAUGGCUGUUGUUGGCGCAUUUGUUGCCGACGCAGCACCAUCACCAGCCCCUUCACAAGCCCCUUCUUCCUCACCUUCUGGAGCUCCUGCUAGUGGCCCCAUCAGCGCUAGCCCUAGCGAGGGCCCCUCUGCUGAAGGAUCCGAGGCUGAAGGACCCGAUACUGAAGGACCCGAUGCUGAAGGACCCGAUGCCGAUGGACCCGAUGUUGAAGGACCCGAAGGUGAUGACGUUGACUAUACUGACUAA